ACGUGACCAAAACAUAUUUCAAACUUCAACUCAAUUCAACAUGGCGACUCGGACGUACUGCUGAGCGGUUGUUUGUCAUGUUAAAUUUUAUGAUUUUUUGAGUGUUUUUCAUAUGUGGCCGUUAAUAUGAUAUCGUCUAUAAUAUCCCGAUUAGUGAUAUUGGUAUUCGGGACCCUCUACCCGGCUUACGCUUCAUAUAAAGCUGUACGGACGAAGAACUUGAAAGAAUACGUAAAAUGGAUGAUGUACUGGAUAGUUUUCGCACUGUUCACGUGCACGGAGACUAUCACGGACGUGUUCCUGUCGUGGUUCCCGUUCUACUACGAGGUGAAGAUUGUACUCGUGCUGUGGCUCCUCUCGCCUGCUACCAAAGGCUCCUCCAUUCUGUACAGGAAGUUUGUACACCCGGCGCUGUGCAGGCGAGAACAGGAGAUAGAUGAAUACAUAGCAAAGGCCAAAGACCAGGGCUAUCACACAGUGCUCAACUUGGGCACUAAGGGCGUGAACUACGCCACCACAGUUAUUAUGCAGACAGCCAUUAAGGGCGGAGGAGGUUUAGUGCAACAAAUUCGCAAGAGCUACAGUCUGUCCGACUUGAGCGAGUGCGAGGUCCGCGACGAACGAGGGGCCGACGAGGCCGACGAUGUCUUGGCCGAGCCGAGAAUGAUCCGCCGCGUUGUUAAGAGCAGCGGCUACAACACGCGCCGCAGCGCGUCCGAGUCCAACAGCCGAACACCCAUGUAUUUCCCAGAGGUGGACGUUGAUGUCAGGGGCCCGCGGACCGCCCGGGCCGACGAGCCAGAUUUUAGCCACAUCAAAUCCACCGAAGACAUAAGCUCCGGCUACUCCAGCGCGGACAACUCCGCGUCGCUGACGCGCACCGGCUCGGUUGGCGCAGCGGCGCGCGCGCGCGCGAGGACCACGCGGACGGCCGUCACCGCCAUCAAGCGGCCGCAGGCUGCCGAGGACAACGAAGUAUUCAUCGAGGAGAUUCCAGACGACGAUAGUUUUGAAUAUGCGAAUAUGCCCCCCUUAGUCAAUCUCCCGUCUCACCUUUUCCUCUCUCAUACUGAUCCUCCCUUUAUAUAUAAAUACGUAGGAGAUGAAGUCAGAAUAAUACAAGUCUUAGGAAAUAUUCCUCUAGGUACAAAUUUUAAUCAAUCCAAUAUAAAUAAGAGGGACCAAAAUGAAAAUAUCAUUGACGAAAAUUCCGAAAAGAAACUUUCGCCAGACAGAGAACCUCAGGAAAUAUUUGAAAAUGCAGAGGACACUAUAGACAACACAGAAGCAGUAAAGACAUCUAAAAGCGAGAAGUUAACUGCAACUACCAAUGAUGACAAUAACAAUGAAACUAACGAAUCAUCAAAGACAGAAAACGUACCGACUACAAUGAAUGAUCAAAACGUAAUAGGUUGUAAAAAGACAGAUCUUGAAGCAAAUCCUGAAAAUACGCUAGACGAAAAUAAAUAUAAUACAAAUGCUCUUGAACAUGAAAUUAAUAUACCCCAAGAUGAAACUAGCGCAUCUAAAAAUGAAACUAUUGUACCUAAAGGUGAAACAAAUGGAUCAGAAGAUGAUACGAAUGUAGUCAAAGUUGAAACUAAUGCAUCUAAAGAUGAAACUAAUAUACCUAAAGGGGAAACGAAGGCGUCUAAAGAUGAAAUUAAAGAACCUAAAGAUCAAAUGUGCACAUCUAAAGAUGAAAAAGCUGAUUCAACUAGCCUAGAUACAUCUGCUUAUGAAAAUGAUUCCGCGGAAAGCGACGACGAAGCUUCUUUCGGGACGCCAGAGGACUCUCCUAGGAGUAGACGUAAAUCAAAAUCACCUAAAGGUAAAUAUGGGAAAGGUAGGGCACCACCACCACCUAAAGCAGAUACUAACGAAGGAACAUCUGAAACUUUAAAGAGUGGCAGUGGAACGGGUAGAUCAAUGGGUACAACUUCCCUAGAAAGCCUGAAUGACAUCCUGAGCAAUUUACCGAAUAAACCUCUUAAAGAAAUUAGUUCACAUCAAACUUUGCAGGUUGUAAAUCCAAUAGCGGAAAAGAAGAGACGUCACAAAUCUAAAUCACCCAACAAAAUUCCUAAAGGGAAUAGUUCAGGUAUUGGCAAAUUGUUACAACUGCCAGGCAAAUUAGCAUUCUGGCAUAAGAGUGAUGAUAAAUCUAAAACCGACACUACAUCAAUGUCGUCGAGGUCCCGGUCCCAUAGCAGAAGGUCAUCUGGAAAUGACCAACAAACUGAUUUUCAAAGUUAUAUUGCCAUGAAUACGCCAUUCGAUACACCGAAGGAGGAUGCGCAAUCUAUCGCUGAUGACCAAGUUAGUUUUGUUGACGCGGCCGAUUUUGAAAGCGAAGUCAUAUCACAUGACAUUAUGGAAAAGAGUGAUGCUCUACAAAAGUUGAUCGAAGCGAAAAUUGUGAGCCACCCAGAAUAUAAAUUUGUUUCGUUGCACGAUGAUAUUCCUACUGCAUCGAAGAGUACAGAUGUCUGAAGCCUUCCUCUAUCCUAUUUUCUCGUUGCAGCAGCGCGACCGGAACGCAAUGCUGACGGCUUCUUCUACCAUACCUCGCACAAAAAAGUCCAAUAAAAGGAAAACGCAAUAGACACGACACCAACUAAACUAAGUACUUUGUUGACUGGCUACAGUCUGGUUAUUAUGAGCUCUCUUUACAUACAGGAAACCGUCUGUAUUAAAUUUCGUAUCUUAGCAAAUUUUACUGCUUAGCAAGUUUUAUUCGUAGAAACACAAUGCUUGCAUACUAGAAAGUAUGCCAGCUCUGUGAUUUGUGUUCUUCCAAACUUAGAGAAUUUUAUAUUAUGAUUUCUUCAUGCAUAGGUAUUAGUGUAUGUUUGCUGUAUGGCAUUCAAUAUUUUUUGCGAACGCACACUUAAGUAAUAAGUUUGAAACGGCACCAAAAAUUCUAGUGAAAGUAUGCUCAACACGAUGCAAGUAUUCAUUCAAGUUCAAGCAUGAAAUGCACUGUUUACAAAUUUUAUUUAUGAGAACUUAAUUCUCAAUAAUGUUGGUUACUAAGUAUUUCUAGUUACUUCAUCAGAUGAAUUAUUUGUAAACUAAAUUAACGCCACAAUCAAGGAUUACACCGGAGCCUGGCGAUUAUAAUUUUAGCCAAAAAUUGCCAAAUGUAAAACAUUAAACGACUCGACAAUUACUAAAGGAUUAUAAUACUUGUUGUAGUUUUAUCUAUUAGUAUUUAAUGCAUUUGCAAAGAAAUAACUAGUCUGCCGUUAAUGCAUAAUAAUACAGAUGAAAACCAAUAGAUGUGCUAAGUCAAAAAAAUGGUGGCGUCGGAAUUGAGGGAUCGCUAGGUGGCGCUGAGAUCUUGGUAUGAGAUUAAAAACUAAAAGCCCCUUGCAGAUGUCGCUACUGAGGUAUAAUAUGUUACUUGUCGGCGCCCUCUAGUGAAAAUUCUACUUAAUGCAACGAUUGUUUAUCCUUAUUUGACUUUGCACAUCUGUAGUAAUAAUAUCAUAAAGGUCCUUACGAGACUUAGCAUCUUACUCGAUUGAUGCAGGGUGUGUGUGAAAAGAUUGUUUUGAUAUCAGUAUCGAAUGUAAAGUUUGAUGUACGGACUGUGGUUGUACUCGUUAUGUGAUAUAAUGGCCAUUGAUGUUUGUGAUGAUGAACUAUGAUUCUGGGAGCCUCGACGAUACGAGGGUGUAUAACAUGCAAUAAAUGAUGGUUUCCAUGGAAGCGUCUACUAUUAAACGAAAGUCUCUUUUUAACUCCUUUUAUUAGAAUGAGAUUUCUGCUUGGAUUACGUUUUCUUGAAACGGGAAUUGGGGGCCCAUAUCUGGAAUGUUACGAAUUUUGUAUUACAAAUUAGUCAUGGCAACUCAUUCUAAACCUAAAUGAUAAAAUUAUCAGAAGUUAAAAAUGAUGGUAAACGCUAAACUUGUACUUUUCAUUGUGGGCUCUUGAAAUACUCUUUUUUUUCGUCUAGUUACUUCAAGAUUAAUUCUAUGUAAGUAACUCAGAAACUCAUAUAUUAAUUGAACACCUUAAAUAAGUAUGCAUAAUACUCUGAUUUAGGGGUAAUUUUAUAGAAUUUAGUUGUUGAAUGGAAACAUUGUUGUGCAUAAUACUAUCCUGAAUAAUGUUUGUGCAUGCUCGUACUCAAAAUUCAGUAUUUCUUUAAAUGGUCAAGUUCCUAGGAAAUUAAGUAUGUGUUAAAUAUAAUUUUUCUUCUUCCUGGAUAUAUGUAUGUGUAUUGUGUAUGUACAUAAUGGAGGGUGGGUAUAAAGCUGUUUGUUAUUGGCACCCUUACUGAUAAAAGGUUUAAUGUUAUUUAAACAAAAUAUUAGUGUCAAUAUUUCAAACCUAGGUACUAGUGAUUGUGACGAAAGCUAGACUUACCCUACUCUCUACGAUAAUUAUGACUGCUGUGCUAUCAUUUGCUAAACUGCAUUUGUACUCAUUUUCAAGUUACCUUGUAAUUAUGUUACCUGUUACUAUUACAUAUGUUUUAUUAGUUGACUGAGUCACAAUCUAACAUGAGUCCUGUUUGAGUUUAUUGAAAUAAAUGACUACUGUAA